UCUCUCCCUCCCUCCCUGCUUCUCGGCUCCGUCGCUCCCGCGGCGCGAGGCGCUCUCGCUCUCCUCCUCCUCCGCCGUCGCCCCUCCCCCCGCGCAGCCCCCGCCGCCACCGCCGCGAGACCCCCGCACGCCGCUCUCCCCCCACCCUCUCCAGCCCCGCGCGCCCUCCGGCCCCUGCGGCCCCCGAAGAGAACGAGAGGGCGAGCGAGCGCGGCGUUCCCGGGCUGGCCCGGCCCCCUCUCUUCACCAUCGCCGGCCCUCCACCGCCUUCCUCCGCUUCCACCUCCUCUCCCCCCCCCCAAGUUGAGGCCCCCUCCGGGGGGGGGAGGCCCGGGACAGGGACCCGGAGCGAAUUCCUCUAACUCCCUCGACCUCUCCUCUCGCCCGGCCCGAGUGUGAGGAGAAGGGCCCGGCCCGGCCUGCGUCGUGUGUGAGGAGGACCCCGGGCGGGCCCACGGGCCGUGUGGGGCCUGGUCCGGCCCGCCGGGUGUGUGAAGACCGGGGUCCGGUGCGGCCCGGCCGGAGGGCGAGCGGAGGGGAGGGGCCUGGUCCGGCCCGGCCGGUGCGUGAGGACUGGGGCCCGGGCCCGGCGCCGCCGCCGCCGCCGCGAUGGCCCAGCAGCAGAUGACCAGCUCACAGAAGGCCCUGAUGCUCGAGCUGAAAUCCCUGCAGGAGGAACCAGUGGAGGGCUUCCGGAUCACCCUGGUGGACGAGUCCGACCUCUACAACUGGGAGGUGGCCAUCUUCGGGCCCCCCAACACCCUCUACGAAGGCGGCUACUUCAAGGCGCAUAUUAAAUUUCCUAUUGACUACCCCUAUUCACCACCUACCUUCAGAUUCUUGACCAAAAUGUGGCACCCCAACAUUUAUGAGAAUGGAGAUGUAUGCAUUUCAAUUCUUCAUCCGCCUGUAGAUGACCCACAGAGUGGAGAACUGCCUUCUGAAAGGUGGAAUCCAACUCAGAAUGUGAGGACUAUCCUAUUAAGUGUAAUCUCACUGCUUAAUGAGCCCAACACCUUCUCCCCAGCCAAUGUCGAUGCUUCAGUUAUGUUCAGGAAAUGGAGAGACAGUAAAGGAAAAGACAAAGAAUAUGCUGAAAUUAUUAGGAAACAAGUUUCAGCCACUAAGGCCGAAGCAGAAAAGGAUGGAGUGAAGGUCCCCACAACCCUGGCGGAAUACUGCAUCAAAACUAAAGUGCCUUCCAAUGACAACAGCUCAGAUUUGCUUUACGACGACUUGUAUGAUGACGACAUUGAUGAUGAAGAUGAGGAGGAGGAAGAUGCCGACUGUUAUGAUGAUGAUGAUUCUGGGAAUGAGGAGUCGUGACGUGCUCCUUCAGUGCCCCUGUACUGCCCUGCCGUCUCAGGCCAAAGGGAGGGGAGCAAGUGGGGACCUGGCCAUGGCCCCUCAGCAAAAACCUAUUCACAGCAGGUGGGGAAACACACACAGCUCCUGCUGACUCCCCUUAUGGAUCUGUUUGCUCCUUUUUAUGGACCUUUAAUGGAGAGAGAGUAACCCUCCAUAGAAUGUCUGAAUUCUUGCAUUCUUUACCCUUCCAUCACUGUAUUGAUUCUUUUUUAAAAAAACAUCAACCCAAACUCCCGCCUCACUUCGUCUCUACAGAAUGUUCACAGCAAAACACGUUUGGUCUGUUUUUAGAUUCUUGAAGAAUUCAAUAGUCUUUCAAGAUGUUUAAUGUGUUUAAAGCUGGGAACCUGUUGGGAGUUCACAAGUGCUCCAUAUACUGGGUAGCAAAAGAAAAUGGGAAAAAACCCACAAAACAAACUUAAAAAAAAAAAAAAAGCAAAUUUGCCAAGGUUUAGCUGCUCAUUUACAUUAGUGUGUGUGCGUUCGUUCAGCCCCAUGGUGGUGAAUUCUGUUUCUUUCCCUUCCUAAGGCUGGGACAUGGUGGGCGUCAGGGACUUUGUGCUAAGCCUGAUGAAAUGUGCUCCUUCAAUCUCCAUGAAACCAUCGUAACAUGGAGACCUCAACUGCUCUGAGGAGAGAAAUCAGACUUUGUUUUUUGAAAUCGAUUGGGAUCGAAAGCCUGAAAUAAAUAUUCAUACUUUACAUAGAACUGAGCACUUGGUUGCUAUUUAUUUUAAAGGCAGGGUUAUUUUUCCCCCCAGGGAGUGGGACAAGUCGGGAAGUUGGGAUGAGUAUGUGUGGGAGCAAAGAGUUAAAAAUCACUAUGCUAAGUUUGGUUGAUGCUACUGGGAGGAAAAAGUUGAAACUACUGGUGACCACUGUUGGGAGAGGAAACAUCUGUUUUAUAGAUUUAGCAUGGCCUUCCCAUCAAAAAUACACUCUUACCAUGACGUUUUGUUUUUAAGUAGCCACUUUUAAUUACUCAGUAUUAAUCCUAGGUGCAUGUGCUAAGAUUUCGGUUUUCAUCGAGCUGCUUAUACUGAUAGUGAAAAACUUGAAUGUGUGUGAAACGCUUUCUUCAUUGGAUGUGAUCUGGACUUUUUUCUCCUUUCAACAUACUUAGGCUGUGGAGCGCAAGCAGAAUUGUGCAUAGAAAUUGUGGCAAGGCUGAGGGAGUUGACUGCAGGCAGUUUUUAGGCCAGAUAAGGCUAGAUCUUCCUGCGAUGCACUCGCUGCAGCUUUUGAUUUUCCAGAUCUCAAUCGUGUUGCUUCAAUCAAUAAUUGAGAUCCAGCAUCCUUCACCAUCCAGGGGACUUCAGAACUUGAAGGUAAUUUUUGGUUGUUACGGGGGUGCACCAGAUCAUAGGAGGGCAUUAUUUGGAGGAAACCGCUAUAACGUAAAAUCAGAUUUCAGAAGGAAAAUGCAGCAAGGACUGACUGUAGUCCUAUUUCAGGCCCCUGGGCACUAGUGUCAACUCCUUUGGCUCAUAACUCAGAACCAAAGGGCAGAUUAGGGACAGGCAGGAGGGAUCCUAGGAUGGCCAGAGUAGGUGACACUUCCUUAGCUCCUCCUUCCAUUCUGAUCUCAGGGUUUUCACUCUUCAAACUCCCAAACACAUGACUUCUUCCCAGCAGCCCUUCCCGGCCUCUAAAGUUUGGUCUGGUAUGAGAUGGGACUGUUUAACAAGCGAGGCUCUAGGGGACACUGUUGAGCCUGGUUCCAGAAUCUCUGUGAUCUCCACAGGGCCAGGGUUGCUACUUGCGCCCAGAAUCUAGUGAUUUUAGUGAGAUCUGUGGAACAGAGCAGCUUUGUAAUACAUUGUCAAGUUACCUGAUUACAAACUCAUAGAAAGAUGUUGGAACUACCUUUUUAUUCCCCAUACUUUGUAAGUAAUGCUUCCAGAUUAACCUGCAAAUCUUGUGGAGCCAAAGCCUCUCACAGUGCUCUGAUUUACCUCCCCAAAAAUGCCCCCAAACCCCCAUGCAAGUUUACAGCCAGUAGCUUGGUCUUACUCUCUUGGAGCCCUAAAAUUAAGCCUUUCAUUCCCCUUACUGCUAAAGCAUCUCACUCCCAGGGCAGCCCCAGCACCCUGGCAUUGCGUGAGGUGCUCUGCUGCACAGCUCUGUUCCAUCAGGCCCUAUUGGCCUCUGUUACACAUUGACUCAGGAAGCCAGAGCGCCAAGUGGAGGUUGUACCUUUCAGCCCUUUGGGGUGUUAAAUGUCAAGGGCUGGGUUUGCCUCUGAUGAGUACAAUCAAUCAGUUCCAGAAGACUGGGUAAGUCUCUUGCUAGCAGGUGGACAUUCUGGUAUUUUAGACUGACUUAACGAAACCCAGAGGCUGGUUCCAGAGCUGUGUCCCUGAGAAUACAUCUCUGUGGAAAAUACUUGAGUUUGUAAUUUUUUUUCCCUUUCUGGGAGUGGAGGUCUCAGGCUCAAUCCGGAACCAUGUACGUACAGUUUUGCUUAUUAUUUGGUGUGACAUGAACUCAAAAUCCUGCAUUUUUAGGUUCCUUUUAAUUCUAAUUGAGGCCUCACUAGAUGCUCUUCAGUUCUGUGUAUUUUGAGGCUGGGUGGAUAAAGUAUAUGAUUCCGCUGUUGCUUCUUUCAGUCUUCCCCCCUUCUCCUUUUAUCAUUCCAGAGUUAGUCAUUUUCUAUUAAUCAAACUUUUUUGUAGAACCUUCUUUCCUUUACCCUGGCAAAUUGCUUCUUUACUUGCUGGUUUCCUUAAGUUUGGGGCACAUAUUGUAAGAAACUGAUUGGAAGGGGAAAUGUGCAGCUCUCCACUGAAAAGAAACUCUCCACCCCUCCCAUCCUGAUAAACAAGGUUUACAUUUACAAUUAAAAGGAUUCAGAGAUGCAAUUUUCAACUAUUCUGAAACCAGCAGGACACACCUGACUUUAAUAGUUUUAGCUGAAAUUGUAGAUGUUUUUCUUCAGUUUAACUUAUGAGAAAAGAUUAUCUGAUGCAUUUUGUGUUGACUUCCCCUUUAGUGGUUUAUUUUGUCUUUUUCUGCCCAUCUGUCUACUAAUAAAAUGUGAAAUAAAAUAUCUGUAUUGCUACUUC